CAAUCAUUCCACCACAGAACUCACCCUCCCACCAUUGCAACACUCUCAUUCCCUACUCCAUCCUCCCACCGCAGCAGGCCAUUCAUCAGCCGCUGCAUAUUCUCCGCCUCAACCAUGCCGCAGAAGCUCAAAAUCGCCUCCGCCCAAAGCCGCACGCUCUCCACAACCGCCGAAACGCUCCGCGCCCUCGAACGCACUACGCGCGACGCCGCCGCGCAAGGCAUCGACAUCAUCCUCUUCCCAGAAGCCUACCUAGGCGGCUACCCACGGACAUGUACCUUCGGCAGCGCCGUGGGUUCGCGCACGGAGGAGGGCCGCGACCAGUUCCUGCACUACUUCCACGCCGCGGUCGAUCUGGGGGACACGCCAGCCGGCGCGGGCGAGGACUGGGUGGAGAAGAGACUGGAGCUGCCGAGGGGCAAGAAAUACCGCGGGGACGGCACGAGGGAGGAAUUGGAGCGUAUAGCGCGCGAGACGGGCGUGUUCGUUGUGACUGGGCUGGUUGAGCGCUGCGCGGGCACGCUCUACUGCGGCGUGGUGUACGUCUGCCCCAGGCUCGGUGUCCUCGGGAAGAGGCGCAAGGUUAUGCCUACGGGCGCCGAGCGCUUGAUUUGGGGCCAGGGCUCGCCGGCUACACUGCGCGCUGUCACGACGGAAAUCAGGGGCGUGCGGGUGUGCAUGGCGGCUGCGAUUUGCUGGGAGAAUUACAUGCCUUUGCUGCGGCAGGCGCUGUACUGCCAGAAUGUGAACCUGUGGUUCGCGCCGACGGCGGAUGCGCGGGAUACAUGGGAGAGCUUGAUGAGGACGGUGGGCGUCGAGGGGCGGUGUUUCGUCGUCUCCGCCAACCAGUGCGUGAAGAAGUCACAACAGCCAGAGUGGAUCACGGGGAGCAAGAAGGAGGAGCAGACCGGAAAAAGCGAGGUGUCAUACGCACACGCAGAGACGCAAAUGAACGGAACGCAUACCCACCCAUUGCACGCCGCGGAGCACAGCCACGCAGAGCAGCCCCAUCCGCGCAGCAGACGAAGAAGCACCAUCACCAUCACCGAAGACGGCAAGCACGAAAUCUGCUGGCCCAUCGUCGAAGAAAAAGACGCCCCCACCAGCGCCGCUGACUCUACCAUGGCCGACGGCGAAGCCUCCGCAGUCGUCGAAGAAUACUCCGCCCCGCCCUCGCCCACCACCGCCGCCGCCGCGAACGCUCGCCCGCCCCUCCCCCCGCCCAAGCCCUGGAACAUCGACUACCGGGUGCACCCCUCGCUGAUGCACGUGCACCACCACGCGCGCGGCGACGAGUUCGUCUGCCGCGGCGGGUCGUGCAUCGUCGACCCGUUUGGCGGGGUGCGCGCGGGCCCGCUGUGGGAGCGCGAGGACGAGCUGUUGGUCAGCGAGUGCGAUUUUGAGGACUGUGAGAGGGGACGCCUCGAUUUGGAUGUCGCGGGGAGUUAUGGAAGGUUGGAUAGCUUUUGGUUGAGGGUGGAGGGGCUGGAUUUGGAUCCGCCGCCGGCUUGAUGGGAG